ACAAGGAACUGAAACGAUCUGUGCGACGGGCAGCAUUACUCCAGGACUGCGAACGACUGCGUGCACUAGCUACAGGGUGACCAUUAAAGAAGACGAUAUGGAUUCUAGGAAGAUUUUGUUCCUUUUCUGUGUGAUUGGGUUUGCCUGUGCUGAUGUGGUUAAAUUCGUUGAUUGCGGUUCUUCUACUGGAAAGGUUUCCUUGGUGGACAUAACACCCUGCCCCACUCAGCCAUGCGAUCUUAAAAAAGGAGGAAACUACAGCGUCAAUGUAACCUUUGUUAGUAAUGUGGAGACCGAGAAGAGCACAGCAGUGGUGCAUGGUAUUAUUGCUGGACUACCUAUUCCUUUUCCCAUUCCAGUCAGUGAUGGCUGCCACUCUGGCAUAAAUUGUCCUAUUCACAUGCAGAACGCCUAUCACUAUGUAGCCACAUUGCCAGUGAAGUCAGAAUAUCCUUGUCUCAAGUUGGUGGUUAAGUGGGAACUGAAAGAUGAUGGUAACAAAGAUUUGUUCUGCAUCGAGUUCCCUGUUCAAAUUGUGAGCUGAAAUAUUGCCACACUAAAUUGCUUUGAACAAACUAAAUGGGAUUGAGAGUCACAUGAGAGAAUCAAGUUUUUCUUAAGACUGUAUUUUAUAAUGGCAUAUUUUAAAUGUUUCUGGCUUAACUGUUAUCUUUAGAAAAUAAAUUCACACAAAGAUAUCUUUUUGAUAUAGCGCCUUCGCCAAUAACAUGUCAAUAAUGUCACAUUCCUGACUUGCUGGCUGCUGUGUAGUCGGAAGGUACAUGAUGUACUUUACUUUUCUUGAAAUGUUCUUACUGACAUUGUACUAAAUUGUGUAGAUCUAUAUUAAUAAUGAAUAAAGAGAUUUAAAUUGU